GGCUUUUGCUCACCGCCGUGAAUCAACAAAGAAGAAGGAGGAGCCGGAAAAAAAGAUCUCAAACUCGAGCAGCAGAUCCGAACGGCAUUAGAAACAUGGCGGCCAUCAGUAAACACUUGACUGCGAAGAACUCUUCAAUAGCAGGCGGUGUUUUACUGUUGUUGUACAUACUGAAGAAGAGAAAGCGGGCGCCCAAACAAGACGGGUAAGUGGUGUUAUUUGCUAAUACUACCGGCUGCACCAUUAUGUGGAUAUGAGGUUAAAAGGGUGAUUCUGACGGCUGCCGGGAUGCUAGUAGCUGCUAGUCGCCUUUCUGACAGGUGACAGCAGCGACCUGCAGGGACACUCCUGAAAGCACUCCAUUUUAUUACCCUGCUUUGCUUACGGAGUAGCUACAACACGAGUCUAAAGUACAAUUGUAAAAAAAGUGGUAAUUUUUAAUGCGUAACUAUAACAAACUGUACAAACAUUCACGCUGGCGAAUGGCCUAUUAUCGCCACUGUGGUUUACUUUGUACAAACUUGUCAUGACUUUGUGUUGAGGUCUCAAACUCUGGUUUUUCUUUCCGUUAUUUUGUUGCAAUAUUGCUGUAAAAAGCACCUCCUGAGGUUUUUUCUUCAUGUGCAUUACUUUAUUAACAAUAGCUGCAAAGAGCAUUUAAACAACAUGGGAAAACUUUAUAUGACAUAUAACAACAAAGUAGACAAGAACUAACCUUAUUAGUUUUUCUUAAUUAUUAUUAUUGUUUUUAUUUUACAUAACGUUUUGCCCCCAAACAACAUACAUUGUACUUAUCCACACAAUCAAGCGAUAAUAUUCCCAACCAUACCUUUUGAAUAGUUGUGACUGAUACUCCCUACUCCGGUCUACUUUGUGUUUUUGCUCUGCUUGCCUUUUUUUGUGUGUCUUUUUUGUUAUUGUUUUUGAUUUGUUUUUGUCUCUUGUUAUUGUCUUCAUUGGUGUUGUUUGGUGUUAGGUGUUAAAUUUCUUGUUUCUAUUAUUUUUCAUAUUGCACUUCACUCCUUUGCAUGUUUUGUUAAAUGUUUGCAAUAAAAAAAAGAAAAAAAGUGGACAAGAAACAAACUUUCACAUUAAAUCACUUCACUUCUCUCCCUUUUUAGCCUAUUUUUGCUUAACUUUUGCAAUCUCCAUUUAAAGGGAGUAACGUAAAAGUGCAGUGCGCAUACCGUAGCCCGCAUAUGUCCUUGCACACAUAACGAGAGUAAAUAUUAUUCAGACUCUUUAGUAAAACAUUUCUCUAUAUGGUUACAAGCUGAGACAGUCUUCACAGAGUGCCAGCGGCAUGUUGUAUAGAGGAUUUGAACAGUUAUGUGAUUGUAUAUAGUGAAAACAAAUAAGCAUGUGUUGAAUCAGACAUAUUUUGGCAUUACUUUAUUGUGUAUCUCAUUAAUCUCAACCGUGUGCCACAAGUCAUAGUAACAAGAUAGGGGGAAAAUUACAUAAGCAUAUUACAGCAGGGUUGUGCACUGUGUACUCUCUUUGAAUAAAUGAAGGGGGGUAUAAAUCUGCUCAUAGUCUAGUGACUUUUGUUUACAUUUUGAUCUGUCUGAUUAUAUUAUCAUUCUGUCUCCAUAAUAGAAAAAGAGGAUCAGAUCUAGUGAUUAACAGUGAGGUAAGUACAUUUUUAAUUUUUUCUGUUUAAAGGUAUUCAUUUGUACGAAAAAAAUAAUAAGUCAGAAACAGUUUACUACAGUUUUAUCACAGCUUCUCCGUGUCCUGUCUUUUCUUUCAGAGAGAUGGCAAAAAAGACCGAGCAGCAGUUGACAAGGUCUUCUUCCUCCGUAUCCUACGCAUCCUGCGACUCAUGGUACCUCGAGUUUUCAGCAUGGAGGUAUGACAUCUAACUGCUUCUAUUGUCAUCCAGAUGUUCAAAGCACUUCUCCAAGUCUUACUAUGUCCAUGCAGUGAAGGAAGACUGUCAGUGCAGUAAAAAAACAUGAUGUGUUACUUUAAUUAUUUCACACUACAUCAUCAACAUACUGGCGUGUUAAUAUUUUUAAAUUGCUGCACACACAGUGGAGCCCUCUGGCACAGAUACAUUUAGUCCAUAAGCCAAGGUCACAAGCAACAUGGCCCCGUCGCUCCAUGUGGUCUUAUCAGAUCAGCUCUGUGGAUAUGAUCAGAGUGAAGGGCAUAAUGAUAAGGACUUUAUGAUACAAUAUGCAGAGCUUUACUGACUCUGCUCACUAUUUGCUAUGUUUUUUUUUCUUCUUCAUGACAGACUGGCUACCUUAUCUUUAUUGCUGCCAUGUUGGUGGCGAGGACCUACUGUGAUGUAUGGAUGAUCCAGAACGGCACCAUGAUUGAAAGGUCAGGCUCUAGCCUACAUGUCUGAAUCAGUUAUCUUGUUUUAGAAAUGUGGAUUUCACAAUUUAUUAGAAACGUAACUUGGUGAAAAGCUUAUAAAAUAAAUGGGAUUGUCCCUUAAGGGUACAUGUAGGCUUAAAGUCAGAAUUAACAGUUACGGUCAUUCAGAUUAAAGAUGACAUAGUUGACCCUUGUUAUGGACAUAACCAAAAUUAAGUGUUCUGGACAGAAAAUAAAAAUCCUUUCAAAGGAAUAAAACUCCAAUCUGCCCUGACAACCCAUUCAUUAUACUUCCCUCCACAAGAUACAUUUUGCUCAAGCCCAAGCCCCCCCAAAAGGCAAAUUUAUUUCAACCUCAUUCCGACUAUCAUCCCAGUCUUAACAUGAAAGAUGCCAUCCUACCUUUCUGUGUGGCUGAGAGUCAUGUGACUGAUUGUAAGAGGCCGGCCCCACUGCACAUAACCAUGGUGGCCGAAUGCUUUAAACCUCCACCCACAGACGGACAGUCAUGUGAAGCUUUGCAUCACACGGUCAUGUAAGUGUGCCCUCUGUCCAUGGUGGGAUUACAGGAUGCUCACAAAGGGACUCCCCUUUGGACACCCGGCUUCAAGUGUACACUCGUGUCAACAGAUGCCUCCUGGAUAGGCUGGGGAAUAGUCAGGAUGGCAAGAGGUCUGUGGGUACCUCUGUGGAGCAAAGAACAUGCCAAUGUCCUGGAGCUAUAUCUGGCCCAAAGAGCUCUUCCUCCUUUUGUGGGUGGCAGGCUUGUCCUUGUGAACUGAUGAUUUGGCCAUGUGCGCCAUUAAAAUAAUCAAGGGGAAACAAAGUCUCAACAUUGUUUUGAGGUGGUCCAAGAGCUUUUGCUUUGAACCUCCCCAUGCCUCACCUGGUUUAUGUGCCAGGAGUUCUGAACCAAAGGAGCCAUUCCACUUCCCUUGAUUCUCCAUGUACAGAAUCACUCAGGGGGGUCGCGGGGUUCUAAGAAAAGCACCAUGUUGGUCAGGGGAACAUUGAUUUCCAGCGCUCCUUUGCCUUGUUCAUGGCAAACCCUGGGCGUUGCCACUCAGGGCAGACUUUGUCUCUACAACCCACUUAAUGUUUGGUAAAAGCCAGUCCAGUUGAUGCCUAUCUCACUGGAUCUGCUGUGGUCAGUAGCCAAUACUGUUGGAAUGAAGUUGAAGUCGGCCCUAUAGCAGCUCAGCAACCAUGAAUAGUAGACCACCAAACUUGAGUAGCAGGUCCAACAAGUAUGGAAGCUCAGAAUUCCCUUUAGGUGCCAGAUCAUCUCACAGAUGUUGCUCUGGAGGCUAAAGGAAAUGGGUCACUAUCACAGAGAAAUGGCAAACAAAUGUCAAAUUAGUCAAUGGAAUCAGCUUGUUUAGCUUUUAAACAAGAAACUAACAGGGAAUUCUAAUACAGUGGAAGUGAAUAUGAACACAGAUAGUGUUCCAAAUUAUCUGCUGCCUUCACAUCAUAUCCUAUUAUCUAUGUUUGGUAUGUAAUGUUAUCGUCAAUUCCAGUUAGACCAGAAUCGUCUUAAUAUUAUCGUGGACCUGUGACAGUAUGUUACUGUUGGCCUGGUUCCUGCAGCAGUGGGUCAGAUUGAAGGGAAGUGGGGGCUACAACGUGGUCCAAUGAAAACAAAGUGGACUCUGUCAUAGUGGCAAGAAACAGAGAACUAAAAAAUCUGGAUGCUUUUGAAAUGAACAUAUGAAAACCCACUUUUACAGUAUUUUUGCAUACUUGAUAUCAAGAGUAUCAACUGAUCAGCAAAAUGUGACCUAAGCCAACCCAGUGAUUUGCCUAGGUCUGAAAACACACAGUCUGUUCAGAAUCUGCCCUUCACUGUUUCUUUUCGGAAACUUCUGCAAAGUCUCUUAAAGUAACCUAGGUGAGCUGUAUGUGUAAACUCAAACAGCUGAGUUUUCCACAUCAACUUCACCCCAUAUACUUCAGAAUAUCUCCUGCUAGCACUUAGGUAUCAUUGGGGGGUAAAGUCCAGGUGAGUGGUCAGCUUAUGUGAUCGUCCAGAUAAUUCCCUGCAAAGGUUAGGGUUAGGGUUACCUGCACAUUGUUAAUGCCUAACCUCACAGAUGCUCCUUAUCCUGCUUCAAAAAUCUUGGGAAAAAAAGCUAACUCUAAUGUGUCUGUGUAGGUUGUAAACUAAAGGCUGUCUGUCAGGUUCCAGCGGUGCAACCUGUUCAAGCUUCUCUGUUCCUGUGCUCAGAUUUUUAUGAAAAUGAGUUGGAUGUAAACUUUUAAUCGCUGAACUUACAACUUUGUUUGAUUCUCCACAGCGGUAUUAUAAGCAGAGACAUGAGGCUAUUCAAGACGCACUUUUAUUCCUACAUAUCAGUCAUACCAGGGGUAACUCCGCAGUGCAUGAUUUGCCUAGAAGUGUCAACCCGAGCUUGAAACCACAAACACUGUGCUUGUAACAUACUGCCUUGCUAAAAUGGUGUGCUAUGCUUUUUCAUUGCUGUCUGUCUUGGUGUUUAUUUCCCUCAAGGCCACAAUACCAAAGCCUUUUUGGGCUUAGCUGCAGACAGUAAAAAUCAUGUUGGCAUAAAUUAUUAUCACGUGAUUCCAUUCAACUUAUGUAUUUAUGAUUGCAACAAUAUAGACAUUUGCUAGCUGCUAGUUCUGCUCAUGUUAGCAAGUAAGCAUCUUUUUGUCUUCUUUUUCUCCUGUUUCCGCUUCUUAGAAUGAAACAAUGAGAGUCACAGUAAAUGCAAAAACUGUUUAUAAUCAUUUGCAGUGAGAGGAAUCGUGUUUGCCUUUUCUCGGAAGAUUACAAAAUAAGACAUUAAUUUUAAUAGCUUGAAAUUCCAAUUAAAGGUUCAUCAUUUAUUCAAUUUAGAAAUCUGUCAACCCUCAACAAGGAUGCAAUUUAUGUCAUUCAGCGUGCAUAAAUUUUUUCUAUAGUCUUGAUAAUAUUUUUGGAAAGGAAACUUUUUGGGCUGUUUUAUUACAUUUCUCUUAAGAGUGCUGCUCUUAUGAAACUGUCUUCAUUUGACUGCACUGUAACUUACAACAGGCUCGCCCGGUUUCUCGAGUUUAAUGAAUCAAACCUGUAAAACCAGUACGAAGAACCAGAGCAGAGGAAAAGGAAAGGGUUCAUUGAACUUAUUACCAAAGCCAAAUCCAGUGAGUUUUGUAACUUGUCUUUGGAUAAUAAUGUGAAGAUUCACUAUUAGAUUGUAGCUAAUGAGCAGCAAAAAGUGUUCUUAUUAAAGUUAGACAACUAUUAAUUGUAAUUACGGAUUUGUUGAAACUGCAAAAUAUUGAAUUAUGAGAACUUUUUCAAAAUAUCAGAAUCAGAUCACAAUCAACUUUUUCAGCCAGACAUGAAGGUCAUUUUAUUUGAUUUGAUUUCUUAGAAAGAGACUUUAAGAAGUAAGUAAGGAUUGUUACAUAAUAAGGUCAGGGCAAAUGACCUGAAAAUCCACUGGGGGCUUGUAGAGUGGCAUUCUUCAAGAGGCCCAGAUAAGGAGCUUUUUCUGCAGAACCUGUCAGUUUCACAGUUUAUACAUCUGUUCACACUGCUGGUACAGAGAAAGUUGAAGAGUAAAGAGCAUCAUUUAUCAAAUUAGUAGAAGUAAUAAAAACAGUCAAGGUUGUUCUGAAAAGUAAUCAAUGCCAAAGGUAAGGUGUGUAUCUGCAGAGAGUUUGAUCUUCGUCUAUAUUUCUAAAUUUUCUUAAAAUUUUUGCCAUCUUAUAUGCAUCGAUUAUAAAGUGAUGUGUAAAUAAUUCAGGGUUCCUACACAAAUAUGGCAAAUAUGGUCAAGUAGGGAAUAAAUCUGAUCAAUUUCCAGGUCUUAAAAAGUAUGUAAAAUGAAAAAUAAAAAAGGGAAAAAUAUUUAUAUUUCCAGACGAUUACCACAGUUCUAAAAUAUUUUCAUAAAUAAUUCCUAAAAGUAGAAUAUGAAAAAGUAUGUAAAUUCUAAAUGUGUAGGAACCCUGAUAAUUGGCAUUUUUUCCAGUCCUGGUCCUGAUAGAAAUGUCUCUAAGUUUCAGCUGGUCUUUCUACAAGAAGCUUAAAGGCGACACUUUCCUGUAUGUUGAUGUCCUUCAAGACAAAUGUAAAAGUAACAGAGUACCGUUUUAAUGCAUGUGUUUCUAAAAGUAUUUCUAAUUAAAUCAGGAAUCCUGACAACCUUAUAUAAAAUAUGGACUUUGUAAAUGACCAAAAUUCCAGUGAAAUUUCAAACUAUUUUUCAAGUGACAGACAUCCUGUAGAGUGAAGGUCAUUUACUAAAGCCAUUAGAGGGAGUAAAUGCACAUGUUGAAUGGAAUUACAUGUUAACCUUUAUCAGGACUCUAAUAUUUGCUGUCUUGUCAUCCCAGUAAAACAGUUCACAAUGUUUUGCCGAAAGAAACUUCUUGUUCUGAAACCUCAAUAACUCCUACUGAUUCUCUCACCAGUGUUUGCUCAUCCUUGUGCAUGUUGUGGUUUGCAGUGCAAUUAUCGGUCGCUCAACAAAAGAUUUCAAGACCUACUUGUACAGCUUUAUCAAAUUCAUGCCACUUGUAAGUGUUUUCUUUUUUUUACUUCAAUUUCAUGUUUGUCAGCUUUUAAAAAAAACAUUUUUGCUUCACAAUAUUCUUUAAGUGUCUCUUCUUUAACUUGUAUAUAGUUCAGUGUCUGCUAGUAUUUCUGCCUGUGUAGACUGAAGUUCAUAGUUAUUUGAAAUGAAUAUGAAAAUGAUUUAACAUAGAUGCACCAUCAUCCCUGUCUCCAACUGUUUGAUGACUUAUUUCAAUGUAUAGGAAUAUUUUUCUUAAUCAUUUCAUGCACUAAAAACAUUUGACACAAUAACAGUUUUGAUUAAAUGUGAAAUAAAUCCAUCACUCUUGUACAAAUUUGAAUUUUUAUGUUACAUUGUGAAAUGUUUAGGCUUGCAAUAUUCUAUUUUUUUAUCAUCAACAAAUUUAAAAACUAAGAUUAAAACUAAAUGAAUGUAUAUUUUAAUACUUUUCAGUGACCAUUUGUACUCAGUAAAACAAACCCUUCAAACAACCAUAAAAAUUGAAUUUUUCUAGUAUUUACAUAAGCAGCAGGGUUAUCCUUUUUUCCUAUUUUUAUUGCCUGCAUUAAUAUUUUGUGCAGCAGAAUAGUUUAUACAAAAAAUAGUGAAAAUUCCCUUUUUGUUUGUUGAUGAUAAGCGAAAAUAGACAUGUGCAUUUCUCUUGAAGUCAUACUAAUAUUCUGCCAUGUGCUUAUUUCUGUCGUCCCUAUUCUGUGCCUCUAAUCCUAAAACAAAAAAAAAAACUAAUAAACAAGAAUCAGUUAGCUGAUCCUGUGAGACUUCUUCUUUAUAACUGUGAUGUUCAACUUUUUUAUUCCAGAUAGCUUUGGUGAAUAAUUUCCUGAAGUUGGGUCUGAAUGAGUUGAAGCUGCGGUUUCGAGAGAGGCUCACCAAAAGCUUGUAUGACCAGUACCUGCAGUAAGUACAACAACAAAAACAACAACAAAAAAGCUGUCCCACCUUUAUAUGGUGCCAUAUAAAGGCAAACACCCUCUUAUCCUUCCUGGUGUAAGCUCAGAAACCAGCUAUCAGCUGAAACAGAGCGGUAUGAGGGCCUAAGAUCCUCUAUUGGGACCUGUUCUCAGUCCAGGACUGCCCAGAUUUGUUGGCAUUACUCAAAGAACAGCAGCAUUAACAGGUCUGACCCUGGUGUCUCAUUCUCCUCUCAGAUACAUAUAGAGAUGUAGAUGGGUGUAGGUUCACAUGUGUACAUACAACAAGUGUGAAAGAGUCUGGAGACACUGUGGUGAAUGAUAUGUUGCCUACAUUAUCAUCCAGCGUGGUGUGGAUGUUCUUAGAGGGUUUUAUAGAUCAGCAGUUCCCUGACUUCUAUGAGUUACCAGGAAAAGAGCAGUUGUAGAUGUUUUGCUGGGGCGGUGGUCCCUGGGUUCCUCGAGAUGUAGGACAGUUCCCUGUUUCAGGAGCUUAUAAACCCCAAUCCUGAUGAAAUCUUUCUUUGCUUGUUUUCGAAUCUUAACCCUUUUUCUGUUUUUUUUUUUUUGGCCCACAGAGGUUUCACAUACUACAAAAUGGGAAACCUUGACAAUCGGAUAGCCAAUGCAGAUCAGCUUCUCACCCAGGAUGUGGAGAAAUUCUGCAACAGCGUGGUGGACCUUUACUCCAACCUCAGCAAGGUAACAGCGUUUGUUUGCUCCCACAGUCGUAUUCUCAGCCCUGUAGCAAAGUGAAUGAGAAACUGAGAUUGGGUUGCUUUAAACACAUGGAUGAGGUAUCAGUCUAACAUUUAAGACUUCCUUACUGCUGUUUAGUUCGUUUGAUUUAAUUCACCCUUGUCCUAAAGACCUUCUCGAAUCAUCCUUGAAUAUCAAUAAUGAAUCUUUCCCUUCUCUCUGUCUUGUAGCCUCUCUUGGAUAUCGGUCUAUACAUAUUCAAACUGACAAGUGCCAUUGGUGCGCAGGUGAGUAGAUUAUCUGAAGUCAGUGUGCUCUUUUUGUAUAACUUGUUUUUUUUGUGUUUUUCCAACAGUGAAAAGGACUCUUCAUCGAGUUUUAAACUUAAACAAGUCGAACUGUAUCAAAGUUCAGAUAUGACAUCCACUGUGUUCAAAUCCCUACAGGGCCCAGCCAUCAUGAUGGCCUACCUGUUGAUCUCUGGUCUGUUCCUGACCAGACUAAGGAGGCCGAUAGGUAAGAUGACAGUCACAGAGCAGCGCUACGAGGGAGAGUACCGCUUCGUCAACUCACGCCUCAUCACUAAUAGGUAAAAACACAUGAGCUCUAAAUGCUGCCAGCGCUUUACUUCGAAGCUGUACUGAUGUCUUUUUCCUCUCUACAGUGAAGAGAUUGCCUUCUACAACGGUAACCUGAGGGAAAAACAGACUAUUUAUGCCACCUUCAAGAAGCUGGUAAGGAAGAGUUUUGCAUUUUCAGACAUGAUAUGAAAUUGUUGUCAUUCAUUUUCUUGCUCUUGUAACCAGACUUUCUUGUAUUGAGAAGAAAAGAGACAACGGCAUAUUUGACAUUUUUCAUUUAGCCUUGAAAAGUCUGUCAUAUUUCAGAGAGGUCAAGUGAAUUUAGAAGAGUUGCUCAAAUUCAUCUGAAUGUGGACGUCUUUGUUUUUGUCUUUCAGGUGGACCACUUGCAUAACUUCAUCUUUUUCCGCUUCUCCAUGGGAUUUGUGGACAGCAUCAUUGCAAAGUGUUAGUGAAAGCAUGUUUAUUUCCCACAUUGACAGUAUUCAGGUCAAAUCUCAGUUUUUUUAAAUGAUACAUAGUGGUGCCAAAAGCAAGUCAUUACUUGAACAAACCCCCACAUACUAAUUUCAGGCAUUAGUAUUGAAAUCAGUAUUAAUCCUCAAUAUCUAUCCAUCCAUAAAUUGUCUCUACUGCUUUAUCUUAAUAUGAAAACUAAUUAUAAGAUGAUCAAGAAAAUGUAGAAACAGAAGACGUUUUUAAAAAAGAAAUUUAUGCACCACACCAGUUACAUACAUUUUAAAUAAUGCAGGUCCUCAUGAGGUACCAGGAGGCUGAAAAACAAUGGUACAUAGAGGUGUAAAGGAAAUCUUAUUCUGUGCCAGUUGGGGAAUCCUGUAUCACCAUCAGAUGGGUCCUCCUCACCUUGUGUUUGUAUUUGCUUGUCCUUUGCAGACCUGGCCACAGUGGUGGGUUAUCUGGUGGUUAGCCGUCCAUUCCUAAACCUUUCGCAUCCUAGGCACCUGCAAAGCUCGCACUCUGAGCUGCUAGAGGUCAGAGUUCACACAAUGCACACAAUCACACACAUAAACACACAAACAAAGAAAUUGGAGGGUGCACUCAAAUGAGUCUGUCUGUACUAUACUUGGGACAUGUUUGCCCCCUAAUGGAGAGGGAGCUGGCUGCAGACCUCUACUGAGAGGACCCAAGGUGACAUUAUUUCUUACGCGCUCCAGUUUGUUUGAAGUGGUCACCCCAUUUUGUACUUUGUCUUUGUUGAACACAUGAAUACACAAAAAUCAUACUGACAUUGUAUACAUAAAAUUAGCCCCAAGAAAAAGAUGAUAUUCAUACGAGACAAAAAAUGUACUUCCCGGUGUAAUCGCUUUUCAGUUGAAAGGCUUUGAAUCAACUUUGGAUGAAAAAAAAAGAAACAUGCUGCAUCCGAACUGCCCGCUCGGAUACUACAUGCUACUGCUACGUGCUACUGCUAGAUCCUACUCCUACAUACUAAAAACGUUGGCCCAAUUCGGACACACUAGACGAGCGGUGGGGAAAGACAACCCCCGCAGGCAGAGAGUAGGUACUGCGCCCGUGCAGACAGUGGUAACUGAAGCCCCUCAUCUGCGGGCCUGGCUGUAGUACUGCAGCUGUGCAGUUUAAUGAUGGAAUAAGUGAGCUUUACCUCCAUGAUGUCGCCACUUGCUCAUAAAAUGAUUACUUGGGCAAAUAUGACACCAUGACAUGACAAAGAGAUACAACCGCACAUUUUUUAGGACAGUGUGUGAAGUUACAUGAAACUUACAUCUGUACUGCUGCGGUCCCGCCUGCUGCUGCUGCUGCUCCGACAUGGUGCGCGCUGCUGUGGCCAGCCGGCGUUCGCGACACUUUUAAAUAGGCAGAGCAGCUGGUGGCGCUAGCAUCACAUGCGCUUCGACAACUUUUAAGAGGACGAAGAAGAAGCCCGCGGUGCAUUUUGGGUCAGUAGCAUGCCCGUAGGAUGCACCGAGACCAACCUACAAUGUGGGCGUGUCUAGCAUCUGAAGUAGUAUCUGAAGUAGCAUGCUACUCGCUCCGGUGGCCAAUUCGGACAUGCUAGAUACUACUUCGACUACUACUUCGACUACUACUUGGCAAUUCGGACGCAGCUUCUGACUCCUGGUAUAUUUGCUUUUAUUUUGAAAGGCUUCAAACAACUUCCGGUCCAUUCAGUAGAGGUCUGCAACUUGACUGUCUUGCUCUAAUGAGCUCUUUAGUCCAGUUCAUUCGGCCAGUGUAAAUGGUCUGUAAUUGGCAUGGGCACAAUCUUUGUACAGUGCAAGUGAUCAUUUCUGCUCUCACUCUCACACAACACGUCACAGCAACAUAUUGGUUCUUAUAAGGGCGUAAAUCUGAUUAGUUGUUCAGAAGUCAGAAUUCUGGAGUAUUACCCAUGACUGCCCCAAAUUCAGUAAAGUUGAAGUCAUGUUUCUUGUAGAGACAAUUUAGAGAAUGACAAAUUUAAAAUUUGACGAGUACAGAGACAGUGAACAACCCCUGAAAAUCUGGAUUUACAUUAUUGAACCCGUCACCUUCAAUCAUAGUGAAGUAUUUGCCCCUUGCCAUUAGUUUGUAUGCAAAUGUUUAUGCUUUGUGAGCAUGUGGGGCACAUAGCCUAGUGGUCUAAGUGCGCCCCACUUAUGCAGGCAGCCCAGGUUCAAUUCUCCCCUGUGGCCUCUUUCCUGCAUGUCAUUCCCUGCUCUCUCCGCUGUUUCCUGCUUUAUCCACUGUCUUUAACUGCCAAUAAAGACCAAAACAUCCCAAAGUUAAAUAUAAGAAAAAAUUUGUUAUAAUCUUAAUUGAAAAGGUUCAAAAGCACUUAGUAGCCUUUAAAAGUAGGCAAUGCAGUGGUAAUGCUACUAUAGAAUCAAAAGAAAACAAAAAUUAUUCCCUGCUUGUUACUUAAGUAUUUAACUCUACAGUUUGCCUAAAAAUGAUCUGAAGUGAUGUUUAAGAGUUGAGUGUUUUCACUGAUGUGAUCGGCUCCUUUGUGGACUGCAGGACUACUACCAGAGUGGGAGGAUGCUCCUGAGAAUGUCCCAGGCCCUUGGUCGGAUUGUACUGGCUGGCAGGGAGAUGAGCCGCCUCUCGGGGUGAGUGAUGUAGAAUAAUAAAAAAAAAAGAUGAAUACUAACAAUAUAAACUAAAGAAACUAAAAAAUCAUAAUCUGAAUAUUCUGAUCUAGGCCAUAAAGAUUAGCUGAUCUGAGUAAUUCUGACUGAAAGAUCUGGGUGCAUCAGUCUGUGCCACCCUGGACCAGUAAAGAACCUACAUGUACAAAAACCAGCAGGCAUCGCAAUUAAGUAGAAUAUCAUGCAAAAAUUCAUCAUGGGAAGAGUUAUAAUUCCUGCAUUUACAACAUUUGCCGCCCCCCCGCGCCUACACUGAUUCAGCAGCCUUCAAGUCAGUCCCCUCUGACUCAGAACCAGAUACAGAUUAGAUACAGAACCAAGCCUCCUACCUCUAUCCCCGUUAUCCCCUUUCAAAUAAGCCAGAGCUUGGACCGUUUCCAAACAGGUCAGUUGUUAAUGUGAAACCUUGACGUGUUUGUGUGUCUCAGAUUCACAGCUCGAAUCACUGAACUGAUGAAAGUCCUGAAGGAGCUGAACGCUGGCAGAUAUGAACGCACCAUGGUCUCUGUGCAGGAAAAAGGUACACGUGAAUCAUAAAUGCAAAACAAGUUCAGUGAUCAUUUCUUAUCAGGAUAGCAACUGUGGGUCCAAACACUUCAAAUGGUUUUGUAUUUAUUUUAUUCAUCGUAGAGUCCGACUCUGCAGAGAAACUCAUUCUGGUGCCUGGAAGUGGUCAAAUUACCAACAGAGAUAACAUCAUCAAGUAGGUGCUUUUUUAUUACUGCGAUCAAAUGUACUGAAGCACAAUUUUUUUUCCGCUCUUUUCAUCAUGUCAUCUUCACUUUGCAGAUUUGACCACACUCCAUUAGCGACCCCCAAUGGAGACGUACUGAUUAAAGACCUCACAUUUGAGGUAAAGCUCUAAUGGUUUCUGGUCAUUUCUUGCUGGAGAGGCUGUCAUAAACCUAACAAACGAUCUAAGUAAAUGCCGCAGAAGCCUCUCUUGGUCAAAUAUUCCAACAUAGUUUUUGUUCUUGGCCCUCUGAAGGUGAAGUCUGGCACCAACGUUCUUGUGUGUGGACCAAACGGCUGUGGAAAGAGCUCUCUGUUCAGAGCUCUUGGAGAGGUGAGAAACCAUUUGGCUGAGUGUGGAUAACUUCAAACUAAAGUACUGUAUGUGUGACGUACAUGUGUUUAUUUCUUUUGGUCGAUCAAGUUGUUGACAUUUUUGUUUUAAGCUGUGGCCUCUGUUCGGAGGACAUCUGACAAAACCAGAUCGGGGGAAGCUGUUCUACGUUCCACAGGUAAAAAUCCUCCCUGGAUCAUGUUUUCUGUUUCAACUCAAACAAAAACAACAAAACCCCCUAGCUGUUUUCCACCUGCAACUUUGUUCACCCUCCUUAAAAUUCAGACUCAUUCAGACAAAUUCAGAUUCAUUAAAGCUGAUGUUAGACACCAAAUCAAAUAAUUGUUUUUCAUACAGAGACCCUACAUGACUCUGGGAUCCCUGAGGGAUCAAGUCAUUUACCCCGACACCUAUGAACAACAGAGAAAGAAAGGCAUCUCUGAUCAGGUGGGACACAUCAUCCUAACACUUUAUGCUGUCAUAUGUCAUUGUGCUUGAGAGUUUCUUAUACCUUAUUUUGUUUCCAGGUGUUAAAGGAUUACCUGGACAAUGUUCAGUUAGGUCAUAUCCUAGAAAGAGAGGGCAGCUGGGACUCUGUCCAGGACUGGAUGGAUGUUCUCAGUGGAGGAGAGAAGCAGAGGAUGGCUGUAAGGUUUCACUAACUCUUUUUACAUCUUUCUAAAAAUGAAAAACAGUUUGUGCUGAUCAGUUUGAUCUGUGUGUGUCUUUACUUAGAUGGCCAGACUAUUCUACCACAAGCCCCAGUUUGCCAUUCUCGAUGAGUGCACCAGUGCAGUGAGUGUUGAUGUGGAGGAUUUCAUCUACAGCCACUGCAGAACGGUACAACCCCACUACACAUCUGAUUCACAUCUUGAAGAAACUUCACAAAAACAUUUCAGUGCAUCUUUAGCAAACCUUAUUUGGUGUCCAGGAAGAGUUGACUGACAUUUUAAUUUUACAUUUCCUUUAAAGCAAAGUUUCAUUUAGUGCUGAAACUGAUGAACUUUAUUUUAUUUUUUUGUAAAUAUUCACUCUUUUGAAUUUGAUGCCCGCAACACGUCCCAAAAAAGUUGGGACAACUGUAGAGUAAGUUUCAACAUUCAGCAAGACAACGCCAAGACACAUUCUGCAGCUGUUACAACAGUGCAGCUUCAGAGUAAAAGAUUGACAGUACUGGACUGGCCUGCCUGCAGUCCAGACCUGUCUACCACUGAUAGUGUGUGUCGCAUUUUGAAGCUCCAAAUACCACAACAGAGACCCUGGACUGUUAAAGAACUGAAGUUGUCCAUCAAGCAACAAUUGGAAUGAUUUCACCACCAAAGCUUCAACAAUUUGUGUCCUCAGUACCCAAACAUGUAUUGAGUGUUGUUAAAGAAGGGGAUGUAACACAGCAGUUAAUAUGACCCUGCCACAGCUUUAAGGAAAGUUACAGACAUUAAAUUCAAAAUAAGUGACAUCAAAAAUCUUUUUUUUUGUGUGUAUCUAAUUGAAUAUGGGUUGAAAAAGAUUUUCAAAUCAUUGUAUUUUGUUUUGUAAUACAAUGUAUUUGUGCUUCUUUUUAAUCUACAGGUCGGCAUCACGUUGUUCACAGUGUCCCACAGAAAAUCUCUCUGGAAGCACCACGAGGUAAAGACUAAAUGCUGUCUUUAUUGUGCAACUUUUCGGACAGUCUUACUUACUUACUGUUGUAUCACUGAAUUUGUUAUUUUCACUAUAAUGCUUCUUUCCCUGAACAGGUUUAGAAGACUGAAUUACAGUUAGAGAGAAAGAUAAUCUGCUCUAAUUAAAGACAUUAUGAACCAUUUAAAUUAAUCAGUUGCACACAUGAAACCAUUUGUGCUUUGUAAAAAAUGCAAUGUCUUCUUGGCUACAGUCAGUGAAUAAGACCCUCAUUUUGUGUAAAAAAUGACCAAUUAUGGGUGUCUUAGAGAAAUUGAUAUAAAGGCCUGCCUCUAAUAAAAGCCUGCUUCAUAUAAAGGCCUGAAACCUUUGGCAGGUUUAUAUUUAAGGUUUACAAAAGGGAUAGCUCAAUAUAUUGUUUAUUGUGAGUUUGUGAUGUGUAAAUAUUAUGUCCAUCUGCUUUUUUUUUUCUCAUGAAGUAUUACCUCCACAUGGACGGAAGAGGAAACUAUGAGUUCAAACCCAUCACCGAGGAAACCGUGGAGUUCGGCUCAUAAGUGACUGCUGAUGCCGGCCAGAAAAACACUGCUCUGAUAAAAACCAGUCCUCUAAUUCUUUGCACUCAAGUCAGAAGUUAUAGCUAAAACUAGGAAUUAACAUUUUAAUCAUUUUUGAAUCUGAUACUUGUUUUCAUUUUUUCACUACAAUGUCCAUUAAUUUGUCGAGUGUGAUUGUUCCAGUUGUAUAAACCUCCUAAUUUACAUAGCCAAUCUCUUUGUUUUGUUUUUCACGUCCAGAUGAUGUUUGAGUGAAAGCAAGACUAUUCCAAACUUCAUUACCUGUCCCUCCUUCGAGCAACAUUGAUACCUAACAAGUGUAACAAAAGUUUGACUACAGACUAUAUGUAGGUGCAGUGUUCAUAGUGGCAUAAUGUUGCGCAAUAAACCGUGCCCUGCACAAUGAAUAAUACUGAUGUAUGUAUGCAUGCAGACGGAUGUGCGCUCACACAGCUGACAGACGCUCUGGUAAUUUAUUCCAGUUAUAAAUUAGAAGUAUUAAAACAGUUACAGUGAGUGUGCAACAGUUCAAUUUGACUCUAAAGUUUUAUCAUGAAACCUUGAUUCCUUGUUGCCUUAAGGUAUCAAGCCUUUGUGGUUGAAUUUGUCAGAAAAAAAACAUGUUUUAAUUGUGUUCUCUGCUGUCAUUGUUAUUAAUGUAAUGUCUCACCUUCUGUUUAAGACCACCUGAUAACAUAAGCUGCUCUGAUGUGUCAUGAAGUAAGAAUAUUUUUUUUUUGUCCACAAAAAAAUCCUAACCAGAAGAAUUUAAUGACUUCCAGAAAUCUUUAAAUCUGUAUCAUGAUAACUGGCUUUGAAUCAAAAGUAAAAGACUUAACAUUCACAACAUUUGUUAUCUUGAGAUUGUACAAAGUGUGGGGGUACACACAUCCCGAAAGUCUAUUUACAGAUUGAAACACUGCUUUUGUGAUUAAAAGUUACUGGGAGCUUUUUAUACGACGUGCG